AUGCUAAAGUUUUUCGUCCUGAUCUGUAAUCUACUUUCGUUGGAUUGCCAGGACAAUGGAGUUGUAAAUGGUGCUACUGCGAGUGCUUCUAAUAGCACGUUGAGCUCGAAUUUUACGUUGAUAGACAGUAAUAGUUCCAGUUCUAUUGUUAGCGAGUCUAUUAUUGAUAAUAAUGGCUAUAAUCAAAGUUAUGGCCAUACUGGCCAAAGUGAGGCUCAAAAUUCUACUUUUCCCAUUGCUGUUGACCCUUUAAACAGCUCACUAAACUCUUCAAAUAUUGCUGAAAACAUCGCUGCUUCGACCAAUUCUACUUCUACUUCUACUCCCCCUACUACUAUCACAACUAAGCCCAUUUUUGACGACAGUAUAGAAGAGCUCCUGGACAGGCUUGACACUGACAACUCAACGAAUUCAACCUCCUCUAAAGAAACAACUAGCAGUAAAUUUGAUCCAUUGAUAAAAUGCAAUGAAGAGCCGGAACCACCAAUGUCGACACGGUCGGUGGACGAGAACGAACCCAUCGAAUCGACGCAGAUCCGCAAGCCGGAUUCUACAACAACCCCGGCCACAACAACAAUGGCGUCGCCAAGAAUUGUUGUGGAUGCCAAGAGCACCGGGAUUUUUAACAGCACCAAGUCUUUUGCUCGACGGUGAGUUUACACGUCUAUUUUUUUGAAAUUCUUUUUUUUUUGCCUGUAAAACCCCUCAUUUCGCACGGUGAAUUUGAAAUUUUGCACGGUGUUACUGCAUCAUGCUCGAUAAAAAUCAAUUUUAGGCCGACUCGCUGCAACUUUUAAGCUAUAUCGCGUGUUGGAUGUAAAUGCACAGUGCACAAUUUUUCAGUUUGAAAAAUGACGAAUCACUGUGCGUAAGCGAAAAAAAGUCUGCGCACACUUGAAAAAAGCGUCCUCAAAUGGGAAAAAGUCCUGAGAAUGGGGAAAAAAGUGCUUUACGCUAUGCAUUUGACUCAAAAACCUCAUCCAACAUCCAUUUUCUUACAGCGACAAGUUUUCCCCAUUUUUUUCAGCGAAAAAUCAAAUUGUUUUUCACUUCAGCGACCCAAUUGGCUCAGCGACAUUGUGCUCAUUAUUUUCCCGACAGACUGAUAGUAUUUUUUACACCAAAUUUUCAGACGUCAAUCCAACGCCUCUGCCUUUCAAUACCAUCUGUAUGGAGCGCGACAACGGAAGAAAUGCAAAAAGUUCACCGAACAAGAGAAAUACAUCAUGCUGGAGCGGAUUGGUGGCCGUAAUCAGCAGUUCAUGGCGAAUAGUGCGGAUGAGGCGUCCAGAAAUUUUCCGAAACUUCUUCCAUCCCACAAUGAUCCUACGAAUACGAGAUUAUACGAUGGUUAUAGCGCUGAUGAUUUGUAAGUGAAAGAGAGUCUUCUGAUUUGUUGCAUGGGAAUUUUACUUGCGAGGAAAUAGUGUUGUUGUAAAUGAUAUCAAUCUUCAGCGAUGUGACCAGCCCGUUGGUUGAUCAGUUUGUCUGCGACGACACUUGUCAAGAAAUUCGACGGAAACUCGGCUAUAUUACAAUUUCCCGUACCACCGGACAUUACGCACCUCAUGGAAAGAGGAAGUUCAUGGGACCGCUUGGAGAUGACCAUAAUGCUGAUAAAAGCAGCAGCAAAGAAAAUGUGAAUGUCACUUCCACGGAGCGGAGUAACAAUGGAGGACAAACUUUCAACGUUUCCGGCAUGGAUGAGGGAAGGAAAAGCAAAGGCUGCAGUUUGGGUGGGUUUGUGAAUAAGGAUACGUCUUUUUUGGGCUACAUUGCAUGUUAUGGGAAUUAUGAAGAGUCAAAAAUUUAUUUUUUGAUUGGGCCCGGUUUUGUCCCCACCCCGGUUUUGUCCACAAGACGGUUUUGUCCACAGGACGUUUUUGUCCCCACUCUUUUCGAGCCUUUUUGUCCCCAGGACGGUUUUGUCCCCAAGCUGGAUAGUAUUAUACAAUCAAAAAUUAUGCAUUCAGAUGUUAAUGAUGUUGGUUUGGUGCACAGUACUGCUCAAACAACAUGUUCUUAG